AUGGAAGUUCAUGCAUGUCUCUUGGUGAUCUCAUACUUAUUGGCGUCCUGUCAUGCCGGCCUUAUUCCAAAGCCUGAGCACCCUCAGCAGGUUUUUUGUAAAGCAGACUUUGGUGAGUUUUGCGCUUCAUUGAAAAUUUUAAGAGAUCAUGGUUCUGUUAAAGUAGCAAUGACCAUGUGUCAGUUUAGGGUUUAUAGGGAUCCAAGGCUCCUGUUUUAUGUUGCAAUAUUCAAUCGACAGCCGGCCCGGUUGAAAAGGGUCCUAUGACGGAUUUGAGUUCAUCAUUCAACUUAUAAGGAUUCAAGAAGGAAAGCUUAAGUUUUGGAGCUCAACAUCAGGGAUUCCUGCCACAAGUUUAUUUGUCUUUCAGAAUUGUCUCACCCAAUUAAGCGUUAAAUGGUCAAUGAAAAAUUAGUUUCAAAUUGUCGGGAGAACUGAAAAAGGAAUCAAAGAAGUUUAUGCGUGGCAGACCAUAACAAGAAAGUGGUAGAUCAAGGCAGAUGAAAUUUGAAUAAGUUUAAAAGUUACGAACCUAAAUUUGCACCAAACUUCUGUAAUAAUAUCGCUUAGCUUUGAAAAUAAAGAAACAGGCGUGCAACCUACGCUGAUUUGCUUAUGAGCCCGCGAUUUUGGGGAUAAAUAUCCUUUGAACUGACGAAGUUCAAUGCUGUAAUUUGUUAUUUAACGAAAGGGUCUACAUAUUGCAAAGUUUUCACGACACUAUCUUUUCCAUCACAGUUAUACGUGCCGAUGUUGUGUCGGGACCUGAAACAGAUCCGGAAGGUCACUAUCAAGUUUUCAGCAUUAAUAUCACGGAAGUCUUCAGAGGAUUGUCACGCGGACCUGCCCUGAACGCUACCAAACUUUACACUCCCGGUAAUAUGUCGACAGAGAGAGUGACUGGCCCUUAUGGGAUCAGAGCAGGCGCUGAGUACCUUUUGCACGGCGAAAUUCUGAAAGGUGUAGGAAUGUAUACGAGAUUCUCCUCAUUGCGGAAGGAGUGGAAUAAUGUGAUCCCACAAGAGAGAGAAAAAUUUCAGUAUUAUGAAGCCGGAUGUCGUCAAUGUCAGUUGAAACUGUGUGGUGAAACCGACCUAGAAUGUCAGAAAAAGUUGCCCGGAUGUGAGAUGAAGGCAAAUCAGUUAGCCCCCUGGGAGUCCUUGAAAUUGUCUUGCUGGCAUUGGUAUGAGCACUGUGAAGUGGAUGCAACUGGUGAGCAGUGUUACUGGAAGAAAACAGACGAACCGAAAGAAUGCGAGGAGAGCAAUCCUUCUUCCAUAGACAGCUUUCAAGGCGUCGAGGCAUGAAAUAUGAGCAGAUGGGAAAAAAACUUGUACUUUCAAAUGAGACUUAAAAAUAAAAUAAAAAUACGAUAUUAUUCGGUGCUUAUAAAUUGCCAGUUCAAUGUAAACUUAGAUAUACCUUUCAUAGGAAUGAUGUUAAGUUGUAUCAAAUCGAUAUCUGUGAGAGCUGUAGACAUCAAAGUAAAUCAAUUAAAGCUUUUAAGACGAA